UUUCAACAUGGCCGAUCAUCCACGUGGGCCAAGAACCAACUUGUAUUGUUUACAUGCGACCGAAUACCCGGUUGAUACAAUUUUACAAUGGUUGAGGAAACAGAUGUCGUUGAGAAAGUCACAAGAAUGGAAGAUAUUCUUGCUAGUAACGCUACUGUGGAUGACACGGACAGUUCAAAAACAAAAAACGUGAAAACUAAGAAGAAAAAGGAGCAGCAACCACAGAUUCCAAAAGGCAAGCCCAAAUCUGGUAGAGUGUGGAAGGAAGAGAAGAAGAGAUUCUCCUCUAUCAUCAAGACCCGGGGCAUACGUUUGUCCUUCGAGAAGAAGCAGAAGCUGAGGGAGGACCUGAAAAGGGUGAAAGAAUUAUCAAGGUCGAUCAAGGCAGAGAAAAAUGCACAAAAGGAAGCCAAGAGGCAAAGAAGAAUAGCAAACCUCAAGCGUGCUGAACAGAACCAGAAGAAAAGCGAGAUUGUCCAAGUGAUUACAAACACGGCGAAGUUGAAGAAAAUCAAGAAAAAGCAUCUGAGAAUGAUACAGAAGAGAGACACCCUCAACUUGUAAAAUACAAGAUAGAAAUAAAUGCUUGUUAAUUUGUAUAUGAAUUCAUCGGCUGUAAUAUAUGUUUUUGUACACGAUAGAUGAUUAAAAACACGCCGUCGUACAGUAAAAUGAUCUUAUGGUUAA